UUAUCAGAAUGCUAAUGCUAUGUUGAAUGCGGACCGAAAUUCUGCCGGUGUUGUAGAGUAGUAAUAUUUAGAAUCAGCUCUACUGAACUGACUGAACAUGAUCACACCUUUGAAGUGAGCAUCACGUGCUUUACGUACUGUAUCUAAUCAAAUCACUUCAGAAGACCUAAUUGAGAAUGGCUGAAGACGAGCUUUUGUAUCAGCUGAGUUCACCUCAUGGUGUUGGGGAAGUAUUUUUUUCUUGGCAACCUAAAAGUGGUCGAUUUUUAGCAACAGCAGGAGCUGAUCAGACAGUUUCAAUUUUCAGUCGUGAAGGAGCAGCUGUUGAUAAAAUUAAUCUCUCAGGGUCAUGCAUAGAUCUCUGCUGGGACCCAGAAGGUGAUAUGUUGGGCAUAAUUGCUCAAGGCUCUCAUGAUAUAAUUUUGUGGGAUUCCAACAGACAGAAGAAGCAGUAUGUUGAUAGUGGACUACGAGAAACUCUCUCCUGCUUAGCUUGGGCCAAAAAAGACUGGAUUUUAGCUGUAGGGUCUAUCAAAGGAAACAUCUGCAUUUAUAAUCACUUAACCGCCAAGAGAUUGCCUUGUUUUGCAAAGCAUAGCAAAAGAAUAACUACAGCAGCUUGGAAUUCAGAAAACAUUUUAGGUUUUGGAUCUGAAGACUGCACAAUAUCGCUGAAUAACAUUCAGGGAGACAGUUUGCAUGUUAUCACAGUCAGAGCAGAGCCAUCAAAUCUACGGUUCCUGGAGCACAGCGUCAACAGCAAAUUUGGUGGAGAAAGUAUGGGAGGUGUUGUUAUUGGAGGGAAAAAUUUAUCUUUAUUCAGUAUCAAAGAUCCGUCCAACUUAAUGGAAUUAAUGUUUCAAACUCGAUAUGGUUCCAUCGUUGAUUAUCAUUGGUAAAAGUGUUUUGUAUAUUUUUUUAUUGAUCUAGCCUUAUU